GGUCAGAGAUAAAAGAAGUGAAAGUUGCACAUAGAACCACCUGUUGCUUCUUGGCGCCGAAAACAACUUUUCUUUUCGCGUUUUCUUUACUACAAGAGAAGGUACUGAACAGACAUCAGCAUGUUUGCAUCUGAAGACACCGAGGGGUUUGCUGGAGCCAGUAUGGAGUUUGAUGACUCAGCUGUGCGCAGAUCCUUCAUGAGAAAGGUCUUCAGUAUCCUGAUGGCACAACUGGUGGUCACAAUCGGCAUCAUCUGCAUCUUCCUAUAUGUGGAUGAAGUGAGAGAGUUUUCUAGGGAGCACUUUUGGAUGUACUAUGUGGCUCUGGGCAUCACAUUUGUGAUGAUCAUCAUGCUGGCCUGCUGUCCCAACAUCAGGAGAAACUUCCCUGUCAACUUCAUCUGCCUUGCCAUCUUUACACUGGCAGAAGGCUAUCUCCUUGGUUCCAUCUCAGCGGCCUAUGGUGCAGAUGCAGUGAUGUGGGCAGCAGGCAUCACUGCUGUGGUGGCUUUGUCUCUCACUAUCUUCGCAUUGCAGACAAAGAUUGACUUCACAGUGAUGGGAGGCUGUCUGUUUGUGUUUCUGAUUGUGCUCCUGUGUUUUGGGCUCCUGUGUGCCAUCAUCCGCAACCAGUAUGCCAACAUUGCGUAUGCAUCCUUGGGAGCCCUGCUGUUUGCUUUCUACCUGGUGUAUGACAUCCAGCUGAUGAUGGGAGGGAAGCAUAAGUACUCCCUCUCACCUGAGGAGUACAUCUUUGCAGCGCUGAACCUGUACCUGGACAUUGUCAACAUGUUCCUCUACAUCUUGUACCUGGUCGCUGCUGCUAAAAACUGAUAAAUGUAUCAGCCAAAAACUGAUAAACGCUGCAGCCAAAAAUUGAUAAACAUAUCAUCUUAUCUAUCCCUUGGGCUCAAAGCAACCAAAAAUGGUUAAACGUAGGCAAUGAAAGUCCGAGAUUGUGUUGUAAGGAAUGGUACGGUAUCCUAGCCUGGGUACCAUCCGGAUUUUUGCUACGCAAAAAACAAAAAUCUGGAUGGUAGUACCCAUGCUAACGGUAUCCUUGAUAUCUUAGCAAAAAUUCUACAAAAUUUUAUGUACCAGAAAAAUUAGGCUUUAUGUAUGUGAGAAAAAUCAGGCUUGCCUAUAGAUCCUUUAAUCAAUGUUGCCAAAAAUCGAUUCAAGUUGGAUUUUCUUAGUCAUGUAGAUACUAGUAUAUGACUUAUGAAAAUUAGAUGAACGUAUCCAAAAUGGUUUUCCAACAUAGUAGUUCCUUGGCAUAGAGUAGAUUUCUCUUUGAUUUUUCCAAGGAUCAGUUGUUAAAAAACUUGUAGAAGGGUUGUACUUGCUUUAGAGGCCCUUUCUUUUUAAAAAUCAAAAAGAUACAUGCCACUGGAUACAUAAUCCUUAGUUCACCAGUAUGACAGGAAAAGUAGCAAAGUUUUUUAAAGAAUCAAGUACUGUAUAAGUUAGUAUGGAGUAAACAAAUUGUAUAUGUAAUUGGCAGUAGCAAAAUGUGUAUCUAUGCAAAUUCUAAAUGGUUUUGAUUUCUAUAUAUUAAGUUAUUCAUAUUGAUGUGAUGAAUACCUGAUGUAUAUGUGUGUAUAUAUGAAAUAAUGGAUUUGGUUUUGGUAUGAGAAAUAAAUAAUAUAUUACAAUUCAGUAGUGACCAACAUAAGAUUAUGUUAAUAUUAAUGUUAUGUAUCCAGCUCUCUUUCAUUCUUACUUUGGUGUAUUUGCAAAGAAUUAAAGGAUAGACAGGGUUUCAGUUGUUUUGGAUUUUGGCUUUAAUUAGCUUUAAUAACAACUUCAGUAUUACUACUUUUAUUAUCAGUAUUAUUAACUUUGACAGUCCUCCAAUGUUCAACAUCUUUUACAAAAUCAUAUCCCUAAGAAUGCAUUGACAUUUCUCUAUCUCCUAUCUUUAUGACUAUAAAUGUAUACGUGGUGUUGUUUGCUUGUUGCAAAUCAGGGUCUCAUCUAGUAUUAAACUUGUGUUGCAGUUCAUGUCAUUUAUCUAUUCCUUUUUGACUCUUGAAUAGAUUAUUCAGUAAUGUACACUAAUGUCAUGUAAUAAUAUAUGUGCCAGUGAAACAGGGUAGAAAAUAAAAUGUCUUGUUGCA